UUUGUGGGUUUUUGUUCCGUGUUCGGUCAGUGUCACCGUGGACUUCACGAGUCGUGUAUUUGUUUUGUUUAGUGUGCUUUUUAUCACUGUCGAUAAUAAAGAUCACCAUGUUCGUGCAACACGCUGCGUAUUGGUCUACUUCGCUUCAAGACGAUCGUGACAGCCUCUCCAGUCCUGGUAGCCAGCAGCGGUCAUCAUUGGAAAGCACCAACAGUGGAGUCAGCCACAACCAAAUCCCAUAUAUACAAUGCUCUGGUUGCUUGGUUUCUGUCUUUGGUUGGAGCACCAGGCCCUCAAGGUGGUGAUGACAGGGGUGCUGUACCCUUCUGGGUGGCUGGCCUACAGCAGCUGUGGACAGAGGAUGGGCUGGCUCUACACAUCUGUGCUGUGUCCCAUGGAGAGAGCCUACAACUUGGCCGACAACCCCGGACACGCUGCCGGUGUUCCAGCAGCGUGUCUGCAGGUUCCUCUCUCAGACCUCCCUCAGCGCCAUCACCCAUUGGCUGCCACAGCUCAGGAGCCUAUUAGACCAACAGGCCUAUCCCCCAACCGUCCACAUACCUGCCUCCUGCCUGGACAGCUUUAUCUCUGUCAACUCAGACAAAAUGGCUGUGAAGAGGACCUUCGGUCUGAACCCAGGCUUCUACUGGCAGACUGUGGAGACUCAGGAACUCGGUUGUCAGAGGCCUGAGACCAUGUGCACUCAGCAGCUACACACAGAGAUAGCUGUUACUCUGGGAUACAUGUCUUUGUUCCUGCAUCCCCUGGUGGUUCACCACACCCUCCAGCUUCUCCUCAACUCAGGCCUGGAUGUGUGUGGCCUCCGCCUCCUUUACCCUCCUCCUGGCCUUCUGACCAACAGCACCGGCAGGGUAUCCUACGGGGAGGGAGAUGAUGGGGCCGAUCGGCCCGUCCUUGCCCUAGCUGUCCGAGGGCCUCACGCCCGCACCAUGUGGCAGGAUGUAACAGGCCCUUCAGACCCCCUGCUGGCUAGGAAGACAGACCCAGCAUCCAUCAACGCCCUGCACUGCAGCAGCAAGAACUUGACCCUCCUCUACUCCCCUCGCCUGGCCAGCAGAGUGCACAGGGAACUGGUCACGUGGUUCGCAGGGACAGUUCCGGGAGAUAACUCCCAGAACCCUGACCAGGCUCCAACUGACAGCUCUGCCCCUGGUGAUGGAGAGGGAAGCAGCCCCUUGUAUAUAACCAGGUCCUCUACCACCCUGUGUGCUACUGUUAAAGUGGACGUGUUCUUGGUAGUUUCUCCAGUGGUGGCGCCAUGCUGCUACAGCCAGGUUCUGUCUGUGUGUGAGGGCAGAGGGUUCAGUCUGAGGGGGGUCAAGAGGCUGCAGCUCCCCACCAAACGAACCCAGGCGCUGGGACUCACCAGUCAGCAGGUGUCAGUGUUCUGCAGUCCGCCCACUGUUACUGUGGAUGAGGAGAAGGUUGAGCUGUCCCCCCACUGCCUGGUCUUACGUUUGAGGAGAGAGAGUGGCCUGCGUCACUGUGCCAGCCUGCCUGCAGCCCUUGUGAAAGAGUUGGAGGAGCAGAGGUUGUUGGGAUGUAUCCACAUUAGACUGUCAGAUGAAGGAAAGCUGGACCCGAGCAGCUGCUUUCACAUGUUGCCCUACAGUGAGAGCCUGCUCCAUAGCAUUGGUGGGCGUAUGUGGGCGGUACCAGACCCCUGCAAUGUGGUGCUGUCCAAAUACAGGUGUCCAUCCAGGGGGUGGUUCUUACCCUAGCUGGCAGGGACAUUGGUCAGGGCUUGACCCUGCUACACAGGCUCCUGACAGGGGACACAACAGGCGAUGUUGGGGAGGAUGGAUUCGAGCUGCUGGCCCUGAAGUGGCUGCCCACAUUGUCCCGGGAGCAGGCGCGGGAGGUGAGCCCCUAUGAGGUAGGUGACCGGCUGUGGCAGAGCAGCCUGGUGGGUCUGGCCUCCUCCCCUGCCCUGGUGUGUGCCCUGAGGAGGGUGGACGCCUUCGCCACCCUACGGCGGCUCCUGCCACGGAACUACACCGGGAAUCUGAACAUACUGAUGUCUCCCACUCCUGAACUGGCCUUCAGACAAGCAUCCCUCUUCUUCUCCCACGGAGAGAUGAUCCCAGAUCAGUGUGCGCCCAUUACUGAAGUUCCUACCCCCACCUUGCAUCAAUGUAGCUGGUUCCCAGUGUGAGUCAUUGUUGAACUGCAUGGUGCAGGGUGAGUUUGGAAACAGGUUUAUUUGUAUGAACUUUGAACUUUAAAUAACAUGAUGUAAUGUAGGAUGUUUUAUUAAACAUUGGUUACUUGCAAAGUCGAUUACUUCAACAAUGGUUAAAAAAUGUACAAAAGAAAAUAUGUAAGCACCCUAUUUGCCAGUCUUGUCUGUUUCCAUCAGGCUCCCAGCCGCUGGUCACACUGUGUCUGUUCAAGCCUGGAGUGUGGAGCCAUGCUCUGGGGAAAAUCCUCAGCAAAGUCCAGCGGAGUGGCUUCACUGUGGUGGGCCUGCGUGUGCUGGUUCUGGACACAAACACAGCUGUGUCUCUGGUGUCUGCUGCAGAGCAUCAGGCAACUCGCUUACUCCUACCUAUCUAAACCAGGCCAGUGGACAGAUUGUUACAUUGUUUUAAAUGCAUUGGUUCAGCUCAUUUUUCCUGUGGUGUUUUCCUCUAGGACCCCUCUGCUGUAGAAGCCCAUGUCCAGUACUUGAGCUCUGGGCCUUCCCUGGCUCUGUGCCUGCAGAGAGAGAACGCUGUGAAG